AUGGACUCCCAGGUAACUCUCGUCGACAGCAAUUCCGAAUCCGAACUCGCUGCUCCAGAUUCAGCAUUCGAUACAACAACAAUACUAGACUUCGACCGCGAUGACAUGAUAUCGACGAAUGCCACAGUGCGUGGACAGACUCACAUACGAUACUCUGUCAGGACCGUCAAGGAUGGUCUGGCAGGAAUGAACCCCAAGACCGUUUUUAGUCAGGGUGAGGGGAUCCUGGCAACGGUGCAGCGCAGGAAUAUGAUCCCGGAUUUGCUCACGCUAGGCGGUGAAACUAUGAGCCUGCGCAGCUGGCUCAAGACACCUAUGUUCUCAUCGUUUCCUGCGUCGUUCAGCGAGGGGAGAGAGACGUACCUCUGGAAGGAAGGCCAGGACGGUGGAAUUGAUUUGUACAAAGGAAGCGACGCUAGUACCAGUACAAUCGCUCGCUUCUACCCCUCCGGUUUCGUUAUGACGCACGAUCGGAGAAGGAUAACGCAUCAUGCUCACCUGGACUUACAAGCUGAAGCUGAUCUCAUACGCGAAAAGGUGUUCAUAUCAUGUGUGUUAAUUGUGCAGAAGACGAGGAGGAAGGUGAAGAGGAGGAGGAAGGCAAGGGAGCGGAACUUGAUGUCUAGUCAAGAAUUCACGUUCACCGUGACCUCCAUGGCUGCUGCAGGCGGCAUGUUCCCUAUGUGCUAAUUGUGCAAAAGAUAAGGAAGAAGGCGAAAGCGAAAGCGAAGGAACGGGACUUGGUGUCAGCUAGUCAAGGACUCAUGUUUCAUGUUCUCCUACAUGACUGCUAUCAUCGGCAGGUUUCGAAUUCGCGCAGUGUGGUUACUGCAACGGAAUCGAAAUCUGUCUCUUGGACUGUC